AUGGUAGAUGUUAUUACAAAGAUCAUCAAAGAUUUCAGUGCCCGUGACUUACAUUCGGCACUUCUGGUUAACCGAGAAUGGUGUCGAGCCACUGUUCCAACGUAUUGGAAGGCUCCAUUCAGUUUUACAAUGAAGAGGAGUACCACCGCAUUGAAGGUUUAUGAAUCAUUUCUUGAAACGGCGGAAAAGUCUACGCAGCAAACGGUUCAAAAGCCUGUUUUCGAUUACCCAUUGUUUAUCAAAGAACUCAAUUAUACAAACUUAUUGGCUUGUUUUGAAACGUGGGAAAGGGCUAGGAAAGUUGAAGCAAUACUUCAAAUGCUAACAAAGUAUGAGAUUCGCCUAAAAACUUUUAUUAUGGAUAAUACCGGUGCGAAUAAUGAAAGAGUUUAUGGAUUGUGGACGACACCAUGUUAUGCCUCAAUGUUCAGUUCCCUCAAUUACGUUGAAAUACACACCCCUUUCCCCAAAAAUAAUGUUAUGAAAGCAUUGGCAAAAAAUUGCACUGAACUGUCACAUUUAGAUAUUAAUCUUCAUGAUACUUCCGUUCCACGUGCCGAAGAAUCGAUCAAUCAUCUUAAGGAACUUUUGUCUGCUCAAACGUGUCCCUUGAAUCUUCGGUUGGUAUUUCCAAACGGAUCUGGGAGAUCGCUGCUCGAAACAUUUCAGUCCCGGCUUGAAUCCUUCAAACGUCUUGAACUUGUAAAAUGGAACUUCAACGGUUGUGAUUGGGAAUGGUUAAAAAGGUGUUCCAAUUUGGUCGAAUUUGCCAUAACAAGCCCUCCACCUCAGGUUUCUGGGAUUUUAGGUACUAAAAAAGAAAAUUAUCGUUUAAAAAUUUCGAAAAAUUCAAAGAUUUCGACCGAACAUUGGCAUUUUGACAAAAAUGACGAAAUCCCUUCAAAGUUUUACUUUCACUCGGAUAAACCUUUGAUGGAAUCACAACCUCCGAUUAUAACUCAACCACGAGUAAGCCGCCGGACAAAUGAUCCUAAAAAGUUACAAUAUAUUCGUGCCAACGCUGUGAGGCGUAUGUUUAAAGAAUUCGAUUAUUAUUCUUCAGAAGAUGAAUUCAAUUACUCCAGUUCUAACUACGAUUACGAUUACGAUGAUGGUUAUGAAGAAUCUUUUGGUAUGAGUUACGAAUCAUAUUUGGAUGCCAUAUAUGGCUAG